GCUCCCAUGUGCUCGUAUGUGUAAUUAUUCGUACUACUCUUUGGACAUUGAAGAUACUACAAUAACGGAUGGAAUUUUAUGCAGAGGAAGGAAAAAAACUAGACGAAGCAUGUUCUCUUCCCCUACCGGCGCUGUCCGUCGGGAACGUCGGACAGUUGGCGGUGGACCUACUGAUAUCGUCAUUGAGAGCUGAGAGAAUCGGUUACUUUGACGAUCCUAACGUUCUGCCCUGCGUCGGCAACAACGCUUAUGCGCCUUCUCCUCCCGGCGAUCUCUCCCUCCCUCUCGAAGCUUUUGAUUCGUCCUCCAACCGAUUGACUCUUGUACAGCAGAGGUCUCCAGUUGUAAAGGGUAUGAUGGUUGAAUUUGCUAAGAAUCUGGCAAAUGUUGCAGCCAGAAAUGGAAAGAAGCAUGUCAUUGUCCUCUCCAGCUUGGAUUUUAAGCAGUGGCAAAACAUUGAUAUGUCAAGUGGUUUGCAGAUAUAUUACCUGUCUAGUUCCAGCACAGAUGGGACAGAUGAGGACUGUGAAAAACAUGGAUGGAAGAGACUACCGGAAUAUAAUCCAGCUCACAAGAGGUGGGAAUAUCUUAGUUCCACUAUUGAAGAAAAUAUUGUUCAAGAUGAUGAUUUGCUCUUUGAGGAUUUAAAAGAAGAAGAUUACUAUCCAAGUUUGCCUUUUGCAGCACUAUUUUCUUGUUUUAAGGCCAAAGGUUUAAAAGUGACUUGUUUACUUUGCUAUUGCUCGGAGGGAGACAAUAUACCUGAUGCUUUCCAAUUGGCCGAGGCAGCGAGCAAAAUCUUGAUCCAAAGCCCGAAUGAUUUUGAAGGUACUGGAAGUGGUAGAUGGAUUGUUCCCUUCUCAUGGAAGAGCGUGUAUGGACCACCCCCAGAUACAUCUCUGUUUUAGGCUGCUCCUGGGUAGUGUUGUCUAUUGUUUUGAUUUUAUGUUGGGUGUCUUUACAUGGGGCCUUGAGACUUACAUGUCUUGGUAUGCCGACUUGCUAAUAUCUUCUCUGCUUCUAUAUUUAGCUAGGCUGUCAGCUUCCUGUUUUCUUUCUUUAGAGGAGAUGUAAUUUCAUUCCUGUCCGGCUGUCCCAUACCAGUGUAUCAUCUUUCACCUCCAAAGUAGAAGCACUCUGCAUAAAUGGCUGCUUUAACGUUUUCCUCGGUACUGUACUGUAUCUAUAUACAUCUGAACCGAAUAUGCAAUCGAAAUUACUAUAGUCAAGAGUUUGUAACAAGUA